AUUCCGCAGAGUGCAGGUAUUGUCGGAGAAGAUGACCUCCUCAUUGUUUUUGUUAGCUCUAACUCUUACUCUCAGUAUUGUUGCUGCUGAUAUUAGUGCAUACAUUGAAGGGCAGGCCCAACUGCCAGUAGCAGUCCUCACUGAUAGCUGGGCUGUUGAGGUUCAUGGUGGAAUUGAAGCUGCUAAUGAGAUUGCAGAGAGACAUGGCUUCACUAACAUGGGAAGAGUUGGUGCCUUUGCUAAUAUUUAUCAUUUCAAAAUGAGCUCCUCUAUUCACAACAUUAAUGAAAACAUUAAAUCUGGUACUGAAGUGCAAUACAUGACAACUGCCCUCAAGUCGGAGAUAAAGGUAGGGUAUGUACAGCAGCAGAGUUUGCACAACUGGGAAAAGAAGUAUAUUCAACCAACAUGUCAGACAGAUCCACUGUGGUGUAGUCAGUGGACAGUUAACAAUACUGGUCAGACUAAUGAGACAAACCUUUACCUUGAUCUGAAUGCAGAACCAGCAUGGAUACAAGGAUAUACUGGAAAUGGAAUAUUAGUUGGUGUCGUGGAUGAUGGAGUGCAACAUAAUCAUACUGACCUGAGGAAUAACUAUGUGUCAGCUUCCAGUUAUAAUUUUAAUGAAAAUAUUAGUGAUCCUUCUCCUCCAAGUGGAUCGUCUCAUGGAACUGCUUGUGCUGGUGAAAUUGUCAUGGCCCGGGAUAAUAAUGUUUGUGGAGUAGGUGUAGCUUAUAAUGCCUCUGUGGCAGGUCUUCGUUUAUUGGGAGGAGAUAUCACAGAUAUAACUGUUUCAUCUGCUCUCAGUUAUUCUCGUGACAAUAUUGAUAUUUACAGUAACAGUUGGGGACCACCUGAUUCGGGUUUCACUAUUGGUGGGCCAGGAUACCUGUCAUCACUAGCAUUGAAAGAAGGAGCUGAAAUGGGGAGAAAUGGUAGGGGGAACAUUGUUACAUUUGCUGCUGGAAAUGGAGGAGGGUUUGAGUUUGACACUUGUGCAGCUGAUGGUUAUUCCCAGAGUAUAUAUGCUAUAUCAGUUGGUGCUUAUGCUCAGAAUGGUGCCCCUGCUUCUUAUGAUGAGAAAUGUUCAGCUAAACAGACUGUAGCCCUACGUGAAAACACACGUACCAUUAACUAA